AUGAGAGCAACGUACUUUUAUUUUCCGUUUCUCGGCCUCGCGGCUGCUCUUCAGGCUGCCAACUUCGAUAUCAGUCCAGCUGAAGCUGCCCAACAUGGCUGCAACGACACCUGCCUUCAAACCUACCACAUGACACAGGCAAUGGACGAAGAGGAAUUCCGCACAAAUUUUGACUACGAGUUCUAUCAGACAGCCAGCAACUUCUCAGGGUCAUCGCCGGGAGACCUUCUGAAACUGGAACCUCUCGACCCAACGACAAUGAACACCUCAUCCGGCACCACUGUGUACCGAAUGCAGUACACGUCCAAGGAUCUAGAUGGAUCCCCUGUCCCCGUAACAGGUUUCAUUGCCUUUCCGUACACUAUGAAGAAAUGGAAGGCCGAUCCAUUGCCAUCUGGCCCAGACGUCUUCCGCCUUGUGGCCUGGGCACAUGGCACAAGUGGUCUUUAUUCAGGAUGCGCUCCAUCCAACGGACCGACUCUUUAUGAAGGAGCUUGGCAGGCGCUGGUUGAUCAUGGCUACGCUGUUGUUGGGACAGACUAUGCCGGCAUUGGGAAUAAUUACACAACACACAAGUUUCUCAGCUUUUCUGCACAGGCAACGGAUGUGUAUUACUCUGUGGUCGCUGCGAAGAAGGUAUAUGGGCAUGUCCUUUCUCUCGAAUGGGCUAGUAUUGGUCAUUCUCAAGGUGGUGGUGUGGUCUGGAAACUAGCCGAGGAUAAGAGGAUUCAAGCUCAAAAAGCAGGAUACUUGGGCACCGUUGCAUUAUCGCCUGCAACUUACGUGGUAGACAUGUUCCUGAAAAGGUUUGAUCAAUAUCCCGUUCCUGGUCUCGUCACCGUUCUCCCCGAGUCCAUACGGCGGGCCAUUCCCUCAUAUAAUAGUACGUUCCUGGCUAGACCGGCACAGCGUCGAUAUGAGCUGGCAGAAAAGGCAAAGGUUUGUUUUGCUAGCAGGUUAGGGUUGACAAUGGACUUGACUCAUGAACAAGUUGUUGAUCGUGCCGCACUUGAGCGAGACAUGCCCAUGUUGGAAGAGUGGCAGAGCAAAGAGGCCCCAGUCAGAGGAGAAAAGUCCUCGUCUCCAAUUCUAGUUAUGCAGGGGGGCAGUGAUGACCUUGUACUGCCAGAUUUGGCGAAGGAUGUGUGGAUGAAGUCUUGUGGCAGUGGCAACGAGGUUCACUUAGUGUACUAUCCUGGGGUUGGGCACACGCCUCUUGUUCAGGCAUCACAGCUCGAUUGGAUGGAUUGGAUUGAUGGUUUGUUUGACAAGGGAAAUACGACGCAGAAUCUGACUUGCUCGUUUGCGAUUCGGCGACCCUUUAAUCUGGAGCACAUGCGCUCCCCGAUAGGAUAA